AUGGCUCAAACAACAACACUAACUUUUGAUGGGACCCUGAAAAGGGUCCACACCGAAGUUUCGGACUCUUCAUCAUCAGAUGAAGAGUCUACGACAUUGUUUGUAAAGAAAUCCAGAGUGAUUUCUUCAAAAACCUGGCCAAGGUUUCUUGUCAUCGGGUCUACUGAUGAUGAGGCCUUGAAGAAAGUGUCGCCUUUUGCGAUUCAAAAAGGGCUCGAAGGCUUGGCCGGCGAGCCUAAAAGUGUUAAGAAAUUAAGGAGUGGCUCAUUGUUGGUCGAAUGCUCAACAGAGAGUCAUUCCAGAAAUCUUCUUAAAUCAAAACAUUUAUGUAAUAUUUCCAUCAAAGUCAGUCCUCACGCCAGCCUUAAUUCCUCUAAAGGAGUGGUUCGGUCUAGGGAUUUGGAAGGAGUCAGUGAGGAUGAGAUUUGCGAAAAUCUCUCCUCACAAGGUGUCACAUCAGUCAAGCGCAUUAAGGUCCGUCGGAACAAUGAACUGGUUUCGACGAACACCUUAAUCCUUACAUUUAAUAUGCCAACCCUUCCAAAUUCUGUCAAAGCAGGUUAUUUAAAUAUACCUGUCGUGCCGUAUAUUCCUAACCCUUUACGAUGUUUCAAAUGCCAAAGAUUUGGACAUGGACAAAAUACAUGCCGUAACAGAUUGACAUGUGCUCGUUGUGGUCAAUUUGACCAUGACAGCAAGGCAUGUCAAAAUGAUAUGGCAUGUACCAACUGUAAAGGGAAACACUUUGCGUAUUCGCGAGAGUGCCCAAGGUGGAAAGUGGAAAAAGAGGUACAACAUGUGAAAGUUGAAAAACACCUCUCUUUCACAGAGGCUAGAAAGGUUGUGGAAGCAUCAACACCCCCAGCAGCUGGAAAAUCGUAUGCCGCUGCUGUGAAGGUAUCUACAACCAGUAUAGCCAUUCAGCCAGACCUUACAUGGCCUAAUGGUGAGGACAAAUUUAAGAAGAUUUCUAAUAUUGAAAAAGUUCAAAAGCAAACUACAAAAGCUGCUAAUAAACAAGUUUCCAAAUCAUCCCAGGUGUCUUUGGAUUCUACCAAUCCAUCAAGAGGUUCAUCUUCUGGGGAGCCAGGUCCCAGUAAGCCUUCGCCACGGAAAGACCUUAAAAAACCCAAUAAGGAUUCUUCUUCAGGACGUCUGAAGAAAUAUGAAAAACAGUUGGUUCCGACCAACAAUCCUUUUGAAGCUUUGACUGAUGUGGAUGAUCAAAUGGAUAUAAUGCCAGAUGAUUGUCCACAAUCACAAAGAUCUCGAAAGCCAAAGAUAACUCCCGUACUUCCCCCUAAUGGCUAA